CCAGCCAUUUUUUGCACGAAAGUAAUUAGCAGGAAUAAAGACCGGACUGAUUUUUUUUCACUCUCUCCUCCUUCCUCGAACCGAAGCCAGGGCGCGUCUGUCGUCUGCAGUACAACCAAAAAACAACCCCUUUUAAAUGCUUUAAGAAACACUGAAAUACCUCGUUUAACUUCAGCGGCAUGAUGUGUGAACGCAUGCAUCUGCGCGAAUGGGAUCUAUAAACGUGUUUACUGGAAUACAAAGCGACGCGUCCAAAUGCCAGGGUGGGAUGAAUGUGCUCAGUAGCUCAGAGGAUGGAGUGUUGUGACUCUGUCUCCAACAAUGGAGCCUCUGGCCCCCACACACAACAGCCUCCUGGGCUCUGCAGACCACUGGCCCCCAGUGCACUCCUACUGGCCAGAGAUCAAGCCAUUCAUCGGAGCACAGCAACGCUGUCCAAGCAGGGUGGACAAGCAGGGGUGGCUGAGGUGGAGGGAUUUGCAGGGAGGUACGAAGAAAAAUUAAGGAAAAAACAGGUCAAUGAAUGUUCAACCAGAGAAAUGUUAAAAGAUGCAGUGGAGAGGGAGAAGACUGAUGAAGAGGAAGAAGGUGAGGAUGUGGAGAGGCCUAUUGGAGAGAUAUUGUACCAGCCUGAUGGGUCCGCCUAUGUGAUGGAGAGUAAACUUACAAGUGGUGCACCCUCCUCCUCAGUAGGUGCCCCUUCCUCCAUUGUAAGAACCUGUUUCAUUUCCUUGUCUCAAAGCCCUACUCCACAGAGUUUUCGUGUCUUCCAAUUGCAUAACCUUGGUGACAGUGAUAGUCUAGCUCUGAUGACCCGCCAAUCCAAAGAUAGUGCUCCUGACGUGGCUGGAUCAUCAGAGACAGGGGUGAUGUGGUCUGGUCUAACCAAACCCAUCCUGAUGUGCUUUUUGUGUCGGCUGUCUUUUGGCCGUUCACACUCAUUUAGGGCUCAUGCUUCUGUGCAACACAAAAUCACCUUCAGUGAUGAAGAACAACAUCUGCUCUCGUUUAAGCACGCCUCUGCCAUUUUACAGCCUGCCGGCCCAGGCAACCUCCCACUCCUCUGUUUCCUAGAACCAAAAAGGAAUUGCGAGUCUGUGGUACCACUUAACCUGGCAUCUUCAACCUCUGUGAACAGCACGGAGGACACAGCAAGACGGAAAGAGAACACAGAGCCUCUGACCUUUAAGCCAGGACUCCCUCUCCUGCCCUCUCCACCCAGAACCUCCCCUGCUACCUCAGUACCAAGCCCUGCCAAAGACCCUUCAACCCUGGGAAGAGAGGGCACUCAAAGAGGCAAGGAGGACGAGAUAAGGAAGGAUGGAGAAAGUAGUGAGGAAGGCGAGAGGAGAUUGUGUUUAGAGGUAGGCAGCACUGUAGAUUGUAACAGUGCUCACAGUAUUAGCAGCAGUAGCGGACAAGAGCACAUUACUAAAGCUGCUCUGUCAAACCAAAGCAUUUCAAAACCUCCAAACUCUGUAACAAUAGCAACCAGCUUUAUGAACAACACCAAAACCCUUACAGACUCUGAGUCAGAGUGUGGAACAAGCUUUAACUGCCACGACCCUGCACCUGCUUCCCUUGUUGUGGUAAACCCGUCCACUGUCACUACUACAGAACAACUUGCCAACCAAGAGAGUGCCACAGCAACCAAACCAAAUGACCAGUUAGAGAAUGGUAGCGCCAUAGCAAUUGAACCAACUGCUAGUUUGUCUGAAGAUGACAGACGUGCUGUCACUCAUUCUGACCUGCCCAAUAAUCAUAGCCAUUCCAUGUCCCCUACACUCAGUCCUACCUUACCCCAGCCUAGUCAGCCUAUUCUUGAAGAAGGACACUUGGACACAGCAUCCAGAGGAAGGUUGGUGGUGGCUAGUGAUGGAGGCUUCGUUGCAGCUGGAGAAGAUGCCCAAGGAUCGUCUUACUCUUUUAGUAUUCAGGCCUCUUUGGCACACACCAGAAACUCCUGCAAGACAUUGAAGUGUCCAAAAUGCAACUGGCACUACAAGUACCAGCAAACUCUUGAGGCCCAUAUGAAGGAGAAGCACCCGGAGUCAGAGACUGAGCAGUGCCCAUACUGCAGCAGUGGGCAGAGUCACCCACGCCUAGCAAGGGGUGAGACUUAUUCCUGUGGAUACAAGCCGUUCCGCUGCCAGGUCUGCCAAUAUUCCACCACUACUAAGGGCAACUUGAGCAUCCACAUGCAGUCUGACAAACACCUCAACAACAUGCAGAGCCUGCAGUCACAGCCACAGUCCCAUGCCCACAGCCCAGCACCCCAGCCCAGUCCUUUAACUCAUUCCCUUCCUACUCUCACUCACCCGACUCGAGCCAACUCCCCAUCUCCAUCUAAGCUCCGGGGACGUGCUUCGUGGCGGUGUGAAGUCUGCGACUAUGAAACCAAUGUGGCACGCAACCUCCGAAUCCACAUGACCAGUGAAAAGCACACACACAAUGUGCUUCUACUGCAGCAGAACCUGGCACACAUGCAACGUCAACGAAAGCACAAUGCCUCCGAGCUUUUCCGCCACUGCCAACCUCAAUCCCAAAUCUCCGACACCAUCACUUCUCUGUCUUGCCAUGAAACAUCUUCACAGAAAAUCUUUGAAUGCAUACUAUGUGGCCGCUUUUCCUGUGACACCCUGGAGGAACUUAGUCAACACCUGACCAUGCAGCGGUCAUUACCCAGUUCCUAUUGGAGGAGUACAACCGGAGACACCCAUCACUGUCGGCUUUGUCAUUACGCCACGCCAUUGCGAGCUAAUUUCCAACUGCACUGCCAGACAGACAAACAUGUUCAGCGUUACCAGCUAGCUGCACAUCUUCGAGAGGCCAGCAGUCAACAUGGAAACAUCGAGGAGGAAGAAGAAGAGUGGCGCCUCCGGUGUGUUGCUGCUGGAAGCCAGGUGCAGCUCAGGUGCAAUGCUUGUGACUACAAGGCCAGCAGUUUGGAGAAGCUGAAGUUACACACCAUGAACACCAGACAUGAGACCAGCCUGAGACUAUACAAGUAUUUGCAGCAGCUGGAUGGACUGGAGUCUGAAGAUGUCUGGCUGCACUGCGUGCUGUGUGAUUUCUCCACUCAGAGCAGCCUUUCUUUAGUGCAGCACUCCCAUUCAUUGAGCCACCAGCGAGGGGAGGGGCUCCUCAGACUACAGCGAAUCCAGAAGGGUCUGCAGGAUGAGGAGGAGCUUGGUGCCAUCUUUACAAUCCGAAAAAGCCCUGCUCAAGAAAAUGGAGAUAUGAAUGGGAUGGACUCUCCGACUGAGGUUUCGGCUAACCAAGAAGAUGGAAGCAAACAUGGAGAAUUAAUGGGGAAAAAAUCAGAAGGAAUUAUUGAAACGGAGGUGGAGCAAAAUGAUUCAUCUUCAAGUCCUAAACGUCCCUCAUCAGGAUCUGAGGAAUCAGAUGAAGCUUCUCCCUGCAAACAGCCACGACUGCAAGAAGAGAUGCGGCAGUGCCCGUUCUGCAGGUUUCGUCAUAAUGAUAUUGAACGUCUAAGGAGUCAUGUGAUGAACCAGCAUGCUGUUCAGCCUUCUCUGCGCUGCCCACUGUGCCAGGACACACUGCACAGUAUUGCCCUCUUGCGUACCCACCUCACACACCUGCACAGUGUCACUGCAGACUGCACUCAGAAGCUCAUCAACACGGUGAUUGCUUCAGACGUGCUGCCGGAGAAGAUGUUUCUGCCAGUGCUUAACUCGGAUACCCAGCCAAUAAAUGCUAAUGAAGCAAAAAGACUGGAUGAUGAAAUUACAGCUGAUGCUGAACCUGAAAGAGGGACCACACCUCACUUGGAUGCAGCGAAUUAUAAGCAACCAUCAGAAGAUGCAGAAUCCACAAAGGAGAACAAUGCAGCUUUUCCAUGUUGGCAUAAAGGCUGUAACAAAGUCUUUACAUCCUCAAGUGCACUCCAGACACACUUCAACCAGAUCCACAGCCAGAAAUCUCAAACCGCAAUAUCUGAUCGCCACAUUUACAAGUACCGCUGCAAUCAGUGCAGUCUGGCAUUCAAAACCCCCGAGAAGUUACAGCUCCAUUCUCAGUACCACGCUAUAAGAGCGGCGACCAUGUGCUGCCUCUGUCAACGCAGUUUUCGUACAAUGCAGGCCCUUCGCAAACAUCUAGAGACAAGCCACCUGGAGCUAAGUGAAGCCCAGAUACAACAGCUUUAUGGUGGUUUAAUGAUGAAUGGUGACACCUUGAUCUCUGGAGAUCAAACUUUUGGUGAAGAGGAGGGAUCUUCAGAAGAAGGCGGGUUGAAAGAUGAAGAAGAAUGUGAUUUAGAGGAAAAAAUGAGUCCUAAAGACAAUGAUUCAAUUGUGGUUAAAGAUAACGUUGAAUGUGACUCCAAACAGCCUGUUUUGCCACCUAGAAAAGGCCCAAAUAUAACCAUGGAGAAAUUUCUGGACCCAUCCAGGCCUUUCAAAUGCACCGUUUGCAAGGAAUCUUUCACACAGAAGAAUAUUCUCUUGGUUCACUAUAACUCAGUAUCACACUUGCAUAAACUUAAACGGUCUCUGCAGGACACGCCAACUGGCUUGCAAGAGCCUGUAACCAAUACAGACAACAAACCGUUUAAAUGUAGCAUUUGCAACGUAGCAUAUAGUCAAAGUUCAACCUUAGAGAUUCACAUGCGCUCUGUCUUGCACCAGACAAAAGCCCGGGCAUCCAAGGUUGAUUCAUCCACUUCUAGCUCUGAAUCUGUUGGCCCUCCCCCAGGCAAAGCAUUGUCCAGCACCCCUGCGUCCAUGAAGCCUGCUACUCCCAUGAACAAUGCUGGUCUAAGCCACCAACAAAACACAGAUCUCAAUGGCACACCUGCAAACCCAGACACAAGCCAUCCUUCGACAUCUGAUGUGAGAAAGAAGUUAGUAACCAUGAUUGAUUCAGCUAGCAAGCAGCAACAGGUGUCAUUACAACAACAACAACAACAAUUACAACAGCAACAGCAGCAGUUAGCCCAGGCUCAAGCCCAUCUCCAGCAAGAGCUCCAAAAGAAAGCUGCUCUUCUUCAGUCUCAUUUAUUCAAUCCUGCACUCCUACACCCUUUUCCUAUGGCAACAGAAGCCCUUCUUCCAGUCCAACAGCAGCAGCAAUUGCUUCUUCCUUUUCUUAUUCCAGGAGGAGAGUUCCGCAUGAAUCCAGAGGUAAGCCUUAAAGGCUCAGGGCUAAACUUAAGCACAUUAAUGCCUACUGUUAAUCAGGAUAUGUCUGAGGCUUCCAAAAACGAUGGCGCAAAAUAUACUUCUAAACAGAAACAAAAUGAAGAUCUUGCAAUUCAUCCUGACAUUACUGAACAGAAACUGAGAAGUGAUUCCCAGUGUGAGAAUGACAAGGAUGGACAAAACAGUAAUGAAGGAUCAACAGAAAUUGAUAAUGUGGGCACAAAUGAAAAGUCCCAUCCCAAAACUGAUGAAAAUGAAGACCUAAAUAAAAACAAGUCAACCAAUUCUGAUGAGUUUCUUCCACCCAGAAUAUCUCAUGAUGCACCUGGCAAUGCUUCGAAGGCUUUGCUUGAAAAUUUUGGUUUUGAAUUAGUCAUGCAGUUCAAUGAAAAUAGGCAGCGAUAUCAGAAGAAUCUUACUGAGCCAAUACCAAAUGGUGGGGAUGUGCCCGACACCAAAGAAGUGGAUCAUUCAGAAGACGUGGAGAAGCUAGAGUGUAAAUCUUGCAGGAAGCUUUUCUCAAAUGCACUGAUAUUAAAGAGUCAUAAAGAGCAGAUCCAUCAUUCAAUAUUCCCUAUUAAGUCAUUGGAGAAAUUUGCCAAAGACUACAGGGAGCAAUAUGACAAACUCUUUCCACUGGGACCCACAACUCCAGAGGAUUCUCCCGUCACGUCUCCUUCCCCUUCCCCUCCUGUGAUUCCUAACCCUUUAGUACAGCAGCCACAGCAACCAGUGCAACCAAUUAUUGCUCCCUCUACACUCAGUGCUACUCCAACUACUGUCUCCAUUCCUCAAGUUAAAGCACCAUUAGCUCAAAUUUCCAUACCCAUGGAACUGCCCCUCUUCCCCCCACUGCUAAUGCCUCCCAUACCUUUGCAAGCUUUAACUCCUCCGGUACCUGUGCAUUUGCCCCAAGUGGAUGCUGGUUUAACUCCUGAUCUGACACAGCUUUAUCAACAACAGUUAACUCCAGCCAUGUUACAGCAACAAAGUAAGAGACCUCGAACCAGAAUCACAGAUGACCAACUGAGAGUCCUCCGUCAAUAUUUUGAUAUCAACAACUCUCCAAAUGAGGACCAAAUUCAUGAGAUGGCCAACAAAUCUGGUUUGCCACAUAAGGUCAUUAAGCACUGGUUUCGGAACACUCUAUUCAAAGAACGCCAGCGCAACAAGGAUUCUCCGUAUAACUUUAGUAAUCCUCCCAUCACAACACUGGAGGAUGUGAAGGUGGAUUCUAGACCACCCUCUCCUGAACUACCAAGACAAGAGUUUUAUGGUGGUAAAAGAUCCUCAAGAACCAGGUUUAAUGACUACCAGUUAAGAGUGCUGCAGGAUUUUUUUGAUGCCAAUGCAUACCCCAAAGAUGAUGAGUUUGAGCAACUGUCCAACCUCCUUAAUCUUUCUACUCGUGUGAUUGUGGUAUGGUUUCAAAAUGCUCGGCAAAAAGCUCGAAAAAACUAUGAGAACCAAGGAGAGGGAGGGAAGGAAAGUGAACGCAGAGACCUUUCCAAUGAUCGCUACUUUCGUACUUCCAACAACAAUUUCCAGUGCAAGAAAUGUAACAUUGUCUUUCAACGCAUUUUUGAUCUCAUAAAUCACCAGAAAAAGCAGUGUUACAAAGAUGAUGACGAGGAGUUGCAAAAUAGCCUGAAUGAAACUGCAGGGGAAUAUCAGACUGAGUGUUAUAGUCCAAUAUCUGGACCCUCUUGUUUAACACAAGUGGCUUCUUGCUUGAGCCCCUCCAGCUCAUCUGUGUCUAGUACUAACGUGAAGGCCACUGAUUCUGAGCAUAAGAACACAAGUCUCACCGGAGAGCUUAAACAAACAAAUGAACCAUCUUCUGAACCUAAUCAGGCUGUUAGUAUCAAUUGUGAGUUUGAGGACAUAGAAAACCGAAUGCAGCAGCCAAAGCCUUUCUGUGAGGAGAACCAAAGUAUAAGCACAGAGAUUCAAUCUCGCUCAUCUCCUAAACAACAAAAGAUUUCCUGCACAGCAUCUGAAACAAACCCAGCUCCAUCACAGAGCUCACAAAAGAUUUUUAGCCCUUUAGAGACUCCUGUAUCUGAGCAACAACAACAGAAACUAUCCCAGGAUAUAAGCCCUUACAACUGUAUUCAGUGUAAACUGAGCUUUCCCUCUUUUGAACACUGGCAGGAGCACCAGCAAAUGCACUUCCUUACCCAAAGUUACUUUCCCACCCCACCAUUCCUAGAUCGUGCUGUAGACAUGCCUCUUAUGCUGUUUGAUCCAGCUAACCCCCUACUUGCAAGGCAUCUACUUUCAGGAUCACUUUCCCAGAUGGUAGCCAAUCCUCCUGCUGUAACCUCUAUCACUGAUUCAACCAUAAACUCUCUGAAAAGGAAACUUGAAGAGAAAGCGGGAUCUAGUUCAAUGGAAAAUGAUUGGGAAAAUAAUGGGGACGAACCCCAGCGAGACAAACGUAUGAGGACCACCAUAACACCAGAGCAGUUAGAGGUAUUAUAUCAGAAAUAUCUGUUGGACUCUAAUCCUACACGCAAGAUGCUUGACCACAUCUCCAAUGAGGUUGGUCUGAAGAAAAGAGUGGUUCAAGUCUGGUUCCAGAACACCCGAGCUCGUGAGAGGAAAGGACAGUUUCGGGCAUUGGGACCAUCUCAAAUCCAUCGUCGCUGCCCAUUCUGUCGAGCUCUCUUUAAAGCACAGACAGCUCUUGCAGCUCACAUACGCUCACGUCACUGGCAUGAAGCAAGGAAUGCAGGCUACAGUAUGGCAGUAUCUAGUAUGGGUCAUGAGCAGGAAGGUUCUCCAGUCAAAUCCGAUCUCUUUGAUUUUGCCACUUAUUCUCAGUAUUUGAACUCUAAUGAUGAUGCAGAUUCUCUAGCAUGCAAGAGCAUUGACCUGUCUUCACAUCAGCAGCGCUUGAGUCCAAAACCUACCAAGGGUGAAUGUAUGGAGGAAUUUGAGAUGCCUUCCAUGUCAGUUUAUCAGACUUUUGAACAGAGCAAGCUCAAUAGCCGUGAAGCUAACACAAAUUCAACCCAUGACCAUACAAAUGAUGAAGGAAAUGACUCUCUUGAAGCUCAACAUGGCAGUAUUGACCACAUGUCUCCCAGCACCGAAAGAGAGGCUUCUUCGGAAAGUGAUGAAAAAAUGUCUUCUGGACUGGUUAGCCCUGCAAUGAGUUAUAAUGCUAAAGAUUUUGAUAAUGAGUUAUUCUUGGAUUACAGUGAAAAUUCCAGCCUAGCUGAUCCAGCUUCACCAUGCCCUGGUAGCUCCAACAGUCAGAGCUUUGAUUAUGACAGACAUAACCAAAAGCGCUACCGUACUCAAAUGAGCAAUCUGCAGGUAAAAGUGCUUAAAGCCUGCUUCAGUGACUAUAAAACCCCAACAAUGCUUGAGUGUGAAGCCUUGGGCAAUGACAUCGGACUUGCCAAAAGGGUGGUUCAGGUGUGGUUUCAGAAUGCUCGUGCAAAGGAGAAAAAGGCCAAGCUUAGUCUCGCAAAGCAAUUUGGUACAGACAGUACUUCAAUUGACAGACCUAAGAAAGAGUGUACUUUGUGCUCUGUUAAAUACAGCAGCUCCUUGUCUAUUCGUGACCAUGUCUUCUCCCAGCAACAUCUUGCUAAAGUUAAAGAAGCCCUGGGUGGCCAGAUGGAGAGGGACAGGGAAUAUUUGAGUUCAGUAUCUACCCGUCAGCUGAUGGCUCAGCAAGAGUUGGAGCAACUGAAAAAGACAAGUGAUGUUUUGGGACAUGUCCAACCACAAGCUAUACUGGGCCUUAACCAAACUGCCCUUCAUUGUCUGAGCCAGUCUUCAGUGUACUCAGGUCUGCAGGCCCAGUGCAUUGCAAACAUACCAAGUGGUAGCAGCACAAUGACUGAGGGUGUUUCUUCCAUAAAAACAGAAGGUGCCAGUGACCCUCCUGUAAAAGUGACCCACAAGCCAACCACAGCCACCUCUUCUGCCAUAUCAGCUUUGGAUGACAAAGAUGUAGUGAGCACAACCAACCCUGUCUUGACCCCAAAGACCACGGAACAAGAACUCCAGUUACCCAAAGAAAAUGACACAGAGAGUAACAGGAUUCCCACAAACAAGACUGAUAGUACUCCAUUGGGAAAUGCUACCCAUGCAAGUAAAGAGAAGUCAGACUCUUCCAGGCCAACAGUAUCUACUCCUAAUGCUGGAAGGGAAUAUGCCAUGGACCCAGCUCAGCUACAAGCUCUUCAUGCAGCAAUGAAAACUGAACAAGCUUCUUUACUAACUAGUCCCCUCCUGCCUUGUCUGAUGCCUGGCUUCCCUCCACUUUUCUCCCCCCAUAUUCCUACGCCUAUGCCUGGAGGCCUCCUGCAGCCCAUGUUUGGCAUGGAUAGCAUGUUCCCAUAUGGUCCAGUCUUGCCACAGGCUCUUAUGGGUCUGUCCCCAAGCACCAUUCUCCAGCAAUAUCAACAAAAUCUGCAGGGUGCACUGAUGCAACAAAGACUGCAGCUGCAGCAGAAACAGAUAGUGCAGCUACCAGAGAAACAACCUAGCCAAAUCUCUGCUCGACCCCAUGCAGAGGACACAGUUUCAUCCAAACGUGACAAAAAGCAAGGUACAUCCAAUGGCACAGACUCCCUCUUCAUGAACUCGGUCAUCUCCAAGCAGGAGGAUUUGGAUAAUAACAUUCUUCUAAGCCACUGUAUCGUCUCCAAAACAGAGUGUAGAACAGAAGGCAAGGAUGCUCAUCUUUAUGACUGUCUCGCCUGUGAGGUGUCUCUCACUGGGAAUGCAGAGCUCAUCAAACAUCUUGAGUUCCCUCAGCAUCGACAAAGAGUGGCAGAGAGACUGAAUGCCAAAGAGCAUGCUUCUCCUCGAUUACCUCACAUCAGUCCCUCAUCUACCUCUCAGUCAAACCCAUCCAGUAAACAGAGAUCCUCUUUAACCGCCCAGUCUUCUUUAGCAACUCCCCCUGAAACCUCCAUGCCUAUCCCGACCAGUUCUGACCAAACCGUUAGACAUCUCCAAAGCUCGCCCCUGACUUCAGCUUUACCUGAGGCUUCCCAAAGCUCCCCUGCUCAUGUUGUUUCGCCUUCAAAUGUUACCUCAAGCCUGACGAGCCUCGCAAAGACUUGUCAUAUGAAACCAAUAGACUCUGUGGAUGGGCAUUGUGAUGGCAACGAGUCAGAGAAGGGACAAGACUUGACAUAAUUUAUUGGAGCAAGAGGUUUAAUGCUUUCCGUAAAAGUUGUUUUUAUGGAUUGAACAGCCGCAGAAUUGACUCCAUGAAAUAAAAAAUGAGAGACUUGAGGAAAGUAAUACGAAACGUCUCCACUGUAGAUUACACUGGGGAAAGGAUAUGACCCAGAGCUAGUUUGGCAGACUGUUUUAAAAGGACUGAAUCCUGUAGGAUCUACUUUGCAUUACCAGUGCUUGUAACCAAAAACAAGUGUCAGUAGAAUGUUUUUUCCAUUUCAAUAUGCUGGUUUCUAACUAAAACUUGAGUAUAUGUAAACUGUUUGAAAACUAAAGGGUGCACAGCUAAAGACUGGUGAAGAACCUAAGAUGGUUUCAUGAUUAUCUAACUAACCAAAAGUCUGUUGAUAACGUGUAUGUUUUAACAGACACUCAUAAAACACCCACACUAUUUUUUGCCCUGUCAAGUGUUAAGAUAUUAUAUUAUUGGCUUAAUGAAGUGAUGUAAUGUAUUUUGAUGUUGUCUUCUCUCAGGUCAACAGCUCUCAAUUUUGUUCUGUUACAAGACAUACCAAUAGAAAAUAUAUGAAGCCCAAAAGAAACGUGUAAUGAAUGAAAACCAAGCCAAUUCUGAUUUGAAAUUGCAAUUAAGCUAGUAGAUGUUCCUUUUUUUCUCGUGGACAUGAAUUUGUCCAGACACAAAGCGUAUUGCAGACCGUUGUAAAUUGUGGAAAACUAUUAUUUAGCUUCUUUCUUUUCGAAAACGACAAAAAAACCGUCUGUGUUAAUGAUAGAUACAUGUAUGAACAUUUUGGUGUUGCGUAGAUUGUUGAAUUCAAAUGACUUAAUUGUAUGGUAGGUUUAAAACAAAUUACUUGUAUAUUUAACUUUUGUAUUGUCCCAGUCAAAGACACUUGAGGCUGUUCAGCCAUGCUCAUGUUAAAACAUAGCAUUGAACUUCGAAUGCUGUUGAAAAUUGUCACUGUACAACCAACUUCCUCUCCUGCACUGAGCCAAGUUGAAAGACCCUAUCUGUGUAUGAAUUAGAUUGAUGCACAUCCAUGAGAUAUUUUCUAUUUUUGUUGUCUUUUAAACAGAACAUUUCGAUUGUGCACUUAUUUUGAUUUGCGCCUUCAAUACUUAAGGCGAUUUUUGAUUUCUCCUUCACUUUGCGGCAUUUAAUUUCGUAACGUUUCUGCACUUGCCAUGACUAACAAUAACAAUGACGAUAUUAUGAAACAAUAAUAACUUACAGUAUUGCUUUAAUGGAAAAUCCAAAGAUAACGUAGUCUUACCAUUGGUGCAUACAAAGGAUGGAAAAAAAAACUUUAUACUUUAGAAAAUAUUACUGUUUUUAAAUGGAAUGGAAAUCUUUUUAGAUGAUGGAGCCAGCUAUGAGAAUACUGUUUUAGCUAACUUAUUAGAACAUUUGUGACCUCAUAUAUGAAACAACCAGAGAACCAAAAAUAAAAACAAAACACACAAAAAAAAAGCUUACUCUGAGGAUAUGGGACAGCACUUCCGUGCAGCCAUUGUAGUUUGUAUUAUAGAGGCGGAGUUCACACAGUUUGCUUCUCUGUGUCUGGCCUUUCUUUCUUUUUUUGUCUGGUUAUUAUCCCUUGAUUUCGUUACUUCUCGUUUGUUUGUUCUACUAAAUGUACUGGGUCUAAUUGUUGAGGAAAUAGAGUGUGCUGCUAAUGUAGGUUUGUACUAAGAUGCAUGCUUGAUUUUGCUUUUUGCUGAAGCUUUAAUGACGACUGUCAGUAGCCACAAACCCCAUCCCCGUUCCACUGCAGUUCUGUCCACACAUGACUGUGAAGACUGUGACUCUCCAUGAACUACAUCACGUUCUCCUCUUAGCCAACCAAUGUUGAAAACCAAUGAUGUUAUAUUUAUACAAAGUUUGCAUUCCAAAUAUCACAUUUGUCAUUUCAAUUGAUUUCUUUAGUUUUUUUUUUGUUCUUGUAUUCUGCUUCUAAGGGGACUGUAAGGUAUGCUCUCACUCCUGAGUCUGGACCUGCUGUGAGAGACUGUUUACUCUGCGUGUUCCUGGAAAUGUUAUUACUGUAGCGAUCGCCAAAUAAUCUAUGUUCAUGAUGCACUUGUGUUUAUUCAUGUGACUCACUGGGCUAAUGUCUCCUGUCCUCUUAUAUACAAGCAUUCAAAGUGAAUAAAAUCUGUUUCCUUU